GUUCAUCCUACGAUCUGAAGGACUGAAUAUUUCUGAGCACCAUCUAGCAUGUUUAACUCUUGUGGGCGUCGGUGUCGGUCAGCCUGUGCAUGCUGCUGUAAGGAAAAUGCCAGCAAUACAGAGACGCAGUACAUUUAUGGUCCAGUGAAUGUAAUAGAGAAGACGUCAAUGGACAGUACUACUAGCUCAGCAUCACCUCUUAUUGAGAAUGGGGAGUCAUUGAGAGGCACCAACAUUGACAAUAUAUCCCGCAGUAUUGGCACCAUGAGAAAUGUCUCCAUUCAAAUUACCAAUUUCACAGACAGCUACACCUUAUCAAACCCAAGGAGCUACAAUAGCAGUGGAUGUUGUCUUAAUCCUCCUCAGCUUACAGUGGCAACAAAGACCAGUGAAGCCUGCACCUUUAGCAAAACAGCCUCAGUGGCACGUGGCUGUGUUGGAGUCCUGGCAUACAAGAUCCUUAAAGAUGAAGUGUACUUUGUCGGGGAACUUGUCAUAAUGUUUUCUGUGCCUUUUGACUACAAUUUGUAUGAAAACUAUUUAGCUCUUGGAAUUUUUGAAAACCAUGUUUCUUGUAAUGAUAAUCUGUUUUCUAAAAUGUAUUACGCAAAAGGUACAUUCACCAGGGAAAGGGCUACAGGAAGUGAAGUCAUGUAUUCUGGACAAGGAAUUUGUGUGAAGGGAACAAUGUCCACUGCAGGCAAGGCAAUAAUGAAAGUUGAAAUUCGAGAAACACCAAAACUAGACAGACAUGAGCAAAACACUGCAGAUCCAACACCAAGGGGUCAGUGAAGAAUGAUUGAAUAUGCUUAUAAACUAAUACACUCCUAUACUAAACUCAGUAACAGUAAUUUCUCAAUUGCAAUGUUGAAUAUUUCCUGUCAGUCCAUUUAUUUCUAUCUUACUGUACAUUAACAUUCAUUAAUCUCUCAGUGCAUUGCAUUUGUCUGUUGUCCAAAUGUGCUGAUAAAAUGCUAAACAAAGCAAAUUCAAGAGAUCAGUCAAGGAUGUCAGGAUUGUAAUAUGGUGACUAUGAAUAACAACUGAUAAUAUGCCUAUGAACUAAUA